CAGACAGAAGUAAGGGUCAGACCAACAGACUGCCUGAGGUGGAUGUACAGUAGGAGAGUCGUCAUGGCCCCUCGGUGGAGGUGUGAUUAGUUCAGCAGCAGCUCGGGGAGGUACGACUGAGAGGAGGAGACCUGGUCUGAGUUUGGUGUCUUCUGCGUGCCCUGGACAAGAGUGAAGAGUCACAAAGAGAUCAAGUAAGUCAACAAACGCUGAGAAGACCAGAUUGAGAAAGAUGGAUAAUCAAGACAAGGGAGGAGACACAGGAGGAAGAGGAGGUGGAGCGCAAACAGGAGACAAACAGAAAGCUGAGGAAGUCGGCGAUGAAGACAAGCGUACAAAAGACAAAAACAACAAGCUGGAGAAGGAGGGCAGUGAGAAGGAGCCGGGCGGGGAGGCAAAGGAGGAGGACCGCCGCCUUCCGUGGAGGAACGGCUGGGCUCUGACGGAACGCCUGGCUAUCAAUGUUUCAGGGAUGCGCUACGAGACACAGCUCCGCACCCUCGCUCAGUUUCCAGACUCCCUGCUGGGCGACCCAAAGCGUCGCAUUCGCUACUUCGACCCCCUGCGGAACGAGCUCUUCCUGGACAGAAGCCGAGUCUGCUUCGACGCCAUCCUGUACUUCUACCAGUCUGGCGGGAGGCUGAGGAGGCCUGCCAAUGUCCCCCUUGACAUGUUCCUCUCCGAGCUGCGCUUCUACGAGCUCGGAGAGGAGAUCAUCGACCACUACAAAGAGGAUGAAGGCUUCGCUAAGGAGGAGGAGAGGCCCUUGCCCACCAAUGACUUGCAGCGUCGCCUCUGGAUGCUGUUUGAGUACCCAGAGUCUUCUGGAGGAGCUCGGAUCAUUGCCAUCAUAAGCGUCUUGGUCAUUGUGAUCUCAAUUCUCAUCUUCUGCCUGGAGACUCUGCCUGAGUUCAGGAACGAGAAGGAGCUGAGGGAGCAAUUCACCACCAUGCCUCACCCGACCCAUCCGAAUGAAACCAUCUCGGUCCCACCUGGCUUCACUUUCUUUCAGGACCCCUUCUUCAUUGUGGAGACAAUCUGCAUCUGCUGGUUCUCCUUUGAACUCUUUGUGCGCUUUGCCUGCGCUCCGAGCAAGGUGCAUUUCUUCAAAGACGUCAUGAACACCAUUGACUUCUUCGCAAUCAUUCCUUAUUUUGUCACAAUAGGCACAGAGCUGGCCAAGGACAAAGGCGCACAACCAUCUGUGUCCCUUGCCCUCAUCCGGGUCAUCAGGCUGGUAAGGGUCUUCAGGAUCUUCAAGCUUUCACGUCACUCAAAGGGCCUACAGAUCCUUGGGCAGACGCUGAAAGCUAGCCUCAGAGAGCUUGCCCUGCUCAUCUUCUUCCUCUUCAUUGGAGUUAUACUCUUUUCAAGUGCAGCCUACUUUGCGGAGGUGGACAGUCCUGAUACGGCAUUCACCAGCAUCCCCGAGGCUUUCUGGUGGGCAGUGGUAUCCAUGACGACUGUCGGCUAUGGUGACAUGUACCCGGAGACAGUUGGGGGAAAGCUGGUGGGCUCCAUGUGUGCCAUCGCUGGUGUGCUCACCAUCUCAUUGCCAGUACCCGUCAUAGUAUCUAAUUUCAGCUACUUCUACCACAGAGAGACGGAGUGCGAGGAGACGUCGCAGUACAAACAUGUCUCCACAGAACUGUGGGAAAAGGACGGGGAAGAAGAUGGAGAGGAGCACAAUGGGGAAGUAGAGGACGAGAAUCCUGAAUACAUGGGAGAUUAUGCCCUCAUGUACGGGCAGAACUGCAGGGGUGUCUGCGCACCACUCAACGGGACUCUCCUGACAGGGCUGUGUGUCGGUCAGGCUGUCGGGGAUCAGAGAGGGCUGAACUUCUACCUCAAAGAGCCUCUGGUCACUCAGGUGUGAUCGAAGGCAGGACAGACCGAGUGUUCUCAGAAUUACACUCAAACCCCGCCUCACAUCAGGAAAAGAAGAGUAGAACGAAUGAAAGCUACAGUUAACUGGAGUGACACAAGAUAAGAUAAGAUACUACUUUAUUGGUAGAAUUGGUGUGUAAAAACAUUAUCCAUAGUUUGU